GCCUCGGUCCUACAAAAACCACCUCUCCUCCUCCACUUCCCCCUUUCCUACCUUCUUCUCCGCUUCCGCUUCCGCUUCCGCUUCCGCUUCAAACCCUCGCCGCAAGAAAGAAAGAAAGAAAGAAGAGGUCAAUCAAAUCAAGUCGCACCAAAACCUCCCGACCCCACAAGGCCAAGCCCAUCGCCAUGGUGGUGUACACGCAGGAGCAUGUGUACCGGCACCCGUGGGACCGGGUGACGGCGGCGGCGUGGCGCAAGUUCACGGACCCGGCCUCCCGGACGGCGCUCUCCCACGUCGCCGACGUCCACACCCUCCACCGCCGCCUCGACUCCGACACGGGCCGCCUCCACGCCGCGCGCUCCAUCACCGUGCGGUCCCCGCCGCUCCCUUUCGUCCUCCGCCGCCUCCUCCCGUCCGCCGCGUCGUCCCCAAACGGCGCCGCGCUCUGCCACUGCGUCGAGACCUCGCUCGUGGACGCCCAGCGCCGCGCCAUGGACGUCGUCGUGCGCAACGUCAGCCUCCGGGGCCUCAUCGAGGUCGAGGAGCGCGCCUCCUACAGGCCCCACCCGGACCGGCCCGACGACUGGACGCAGUUCAGGCAGGAGACCACGAUCCGGUGCCGCCCGCUCGCGGCCCUCGCCGCCGUCGCUGAGAAGGUCGAGACCCGGUGCGCCGAGAGGUUCCUGCAGAAUAGCGCCAAGGGGAGGGAGGUCGUCGAGCGGAUCUGCCGGUACCUCGAGGCCGAGUCCGCCGGUGCCGCGCCCUCCGUAAUCUGAUCCGCCCUGAUCUGGUUUGCGCAUCCUUACUUGAUCCGAACGGAUCCAAAGGGUUCCUCGAUCUGUGCUGUCUGCGCACGGAGAAAUCGAACCCCGCCUGCUAGGCGAUUGUUUUUACUUUGUUUCAUUUCUUGUGUAUGAUGAAAUGAUGAGCUGAAUUCGGAAUAGAAUAAAGCUUGUGGCCAUAGACUUGUUUCUUCUGUUGACUGUGGAACCGUUUUAACCCCCUGAUUUUGAUCAUGCGCCUUGCCAAAUUGUAAUCUGCCAAUAAUUUUAGAAAGAUUAUAUUCUGCCAUGAAAUCACUGGUGUUUAUUGUGCUAUUUUGAUUGACUGAAUGGUUAAUGUUCAUGCUUUUAUUGAUUAGAUUUAGGAGGUGUCCUUAUUCAUAGAAAAUGUGAGGUCAUUGUUCUGUUGAUUUUUCAAGCUGGUAACUAGUUCUGUAGUUCAGACUGUCCCCAUGAUUGAUUGGUAAGAAUAGUAUAUGGCAUUGUGAAGUACAGUGUUUUUCCUUGACAGUUGAAUUGCACCAUUUGAGUUCCAUAUCUUGUACAAAGUAUCUAUUUUAUGGUAAGAACCCCGUUUGGCUUUUUGUCAUAGACUUUGGUAAUUCUUAUGUCUGUGGAACCAUUUUGACAACCUCCUCCCCCCUCCCAAUUUAGAUAUUGCAUAAGCUAUAAAUGUCGGGGCUUUGGUCUAUUCAAAGCCAUGUCUACAGAAAACAGAAAGUCUAGCAGUGUGUCAUUCUUGAAGCUGGGCACGUACUGUUUAAUGGUAGAUACCCUGCAUAGCUUUUGUCAUAGACUUUGGUAAUUCUUUUAUCUGUAGAACCAUUUUGACAACCUCCCUCUCCCCCUCCCCCUCCAACUUUAUGCUUGCUCUUGUAAAUUUGAGAUAUUGCAUAAGCUAUAUAUAUCGGUGCUUUGAUCUAUUCAAGGCCACGUCUGGAGAAACCAGAAUGUAAACCAAUGUGUCAUUCUUGAACCUGCGCACAGUAGUUUUGUCUCCUUUGUGCAUUUGGUUUAUUGGUAAGAAUGGCAUGGCAUAUAUUGUGAAUAGUAUUGCUUUCUAAUAUUACAAAUCUACAGUGUAAUAUAUCAUAAGUCUCUCCAUGGUUUUCUAAGUCAUGUAUCUAUUAACUACCAUAAGAUUAACCUUCUGUUGCUUCCUGGUACCAUGGAUUCCCUGGGUUAUGAACUUAGAUAUUAUAUAGGCUGCUUGUGUUUAGUGGAUGAGUAGUUGGGUUCAACUACAGUUAUAAUCUACUCAGUUGGCAUAAAUUGAGUUGAUGUAAGCCACUAAGCCAGUCAUAGCUUAAGUGACUUUAAUAAUACCUCUUCCAACUAACCCAUUAUGUGAUGCUCUUAAUUUCAAACAAACUUCAUUAGGUCUGUGUUUUCAAUCAUGUACAGUCUUUAAUAAGUAUGGAGUCUCUCUGGCGGCAUGGAUUUCACUUUGGUACAGUCUUUAAUAAGUAUGGAGUCUCUCUGGCGGCAUGGAUUUCACUUUGAUGCUGUCUUGUAACCACAUUUGUACUUCGUAGACCAUGCCACUGCAUCCCCUUGUAUGAUGUAUCUUUACGACUUUACCUAAAGCUCCAACUUUCUUCUUGCUGUUUAUCUUACUCCAUGUAUCAUGAAGAUACUUUAAAUGAUUUUAUUCACCAUCUUUCAGAGCAUAAUUCUUUAAUCUUUACUACAAAGUAACAAUGUGGUUGUGGGCAACUGCUAGUUCAGAAAUCUGGAAUUGUUUAGGCUGCCCUUAUAAUCUUAUUCAUUUGGCAGGAAAUUGUGAAACAAAACAUGCUGGCUUCUUACCACUGUAGUCAACUGGUUUUGACUCUUUCAGAUUAUGAAAUAUGUGUGGUCUAUGCUUGUUUAGAAUUUCUUAUUAGCAAUAUUUGACCCUGGCAACAAUUUUUCAAGAGGCUGUGAUCUGAAAUUCGGACCACUGCUUUAUUAUCCCAGGGACUGCUGCUUUGUUUUCACACUGAUAUGUAUCAACUUCUAUUACCUUACAGCUUGUUUAGUUCCUAAAAAUUUUCAAGAUUCCCCAUUACAUCGAAUCUUGCGGCACAUGAAGGUGCAUUAAAUAUACAAGAAAACAAAAACUAAUUGCACAGUUCAUCUGUAAAUCGUGAGACGAAUCUUUUAAGCCUAGUUACUCUAUGAUUGGACAAUAUUUGUCAAAUAAAAAUGAAAGUGCUACAGUGUCGAAAUCAAAAAAAAUACAAACUGAACAAGGCCUUAAAUGAUUGGCCACUGUUAUCAACAUUUGUGAACUGGUUUUGUGCGAUAAACAGUUGUAAAAUAAAGUAAUUUCUGCGGUUGUAAAUUGUAACUGUCAAUGCUUCCUUGCUGCCUUUGGCUUUCCUUUUUUUUUUUUUGACAACAUGCUGCCUUUGGCUUUGGCGGAUUAUUGCAAUGACUGAGGCUCCCUGGUAUGUGCAGAUGUGAUUAGGUUAUUGCCUGAGGCUCUCUGGUAUCUGCUGAUGUGAUCAGGGUAUUGCCGUUUGCGGUCUUGAGCUUUGAAUAACCUUUUAUUUUCUGAUUCUGAAGACCGGGACGACGGGACUGAAACUUGGCUUCGCUGAUAUUUUUCAGUAGCUAUAAUAUUUUUCAGUAGUCGUUUUGUCUAUCGAAUAUUAUCAGUUGCUGUUGCUUGUUACAAUAGUUGUUACAUGACCCAACACUGCCAGGGUGACAGGGUCACAACACACUGCGCUUUCUUUUUGGCUUCGGAGGAGCUGCAAUUCGAUUAGGCCCUGUUUGGUAAUCAGGGAAUGAUAACCUGGAAAAAAUCCAGUUGGAACAGAUAAUUUGUAUAAGCAGGUAAACCUGGAAUGGUUCCAGGUUACCUUAGGCUUUGUUCGUUUGAAGCCAGGAACAGUCUGGUCCGUCUGGAACCGACCCGGAACGGUUCGAUAAUUCGUACUGACCUGGAACUAAUCCUAACCUGGAAUGACGCCUAACCGAACAGCGCCUUAGUCAGUUUGCAUUUGUGGUUGCUGAUGAUUAUAGGGCACAAAAAUCUGGUCGUGUUUUGACUAUUUUGACUUGUUUAGCACUACUUUAGUAGUACCUUUUAGCGGACGAAUAAUUUUUUUUCUUUUACAACAAAUCAGCAUCAGCUACCGAAAGUGCUAAAGUGUUACACAGUUAUUGUGUUAGGUUGAUGGCAACACGGCAGCUAUCUGGAACUGAACUGAGCUAUCGAAGUCAAACUGAAAAUCUGAAAUCACCAUCAACCAGCCAAGAGAGGCGAUUCGGGAAAAUAAAUUAAAAUAGAAGUCGAGGGUCUGCCUAGAUGGGCCUAAUUCAGUACACAUGGGUUGGGCAUGUAUGUUCGCGGGGAGGCCCAAAACCUUAGGUAGCCCUAAUUCGCGCCGCUAUAUAAGGGGUCGAGUCUGGCGGCAGCGGUUAGGGUUUAUCUUCCGCCGCAACCUCCCUCGAGCCCGAGCAAAGGAGAAAAGCGGACGCGGCGCCGGCGGCGGAGCGGAGAUGGCGGAGAGGAAGCGCGGCGCCGGCACCCGCAAGGAUGAGGUGGUAACCCGCGAGUACACCAUCAACCUCCACAAGCGCCUCCACGGAUGCACCUUCAAGAAGAAGGCCCCAAAUGCCAUCAAGGAGAUCAGGAAGUUUGCUCAGAAGGCCAUGGGUACUACAGAUGUCAGGAUUGAUGUGAAGCUCAACAAGCACAUCUGGAGCAGUGGUAUCCGUAGUGUGCCGAGGCGAGUCCGUGUCAGAAUUGCCCGCAAGAGGAACGACGAGGAAGAUGCUAAGGAGGAACUCUACUCCCUGGUCACAGUUGCUGAGAUCCCUCCGGAGGGUCUCAAAGGUUUGGGAACUAAGGUUGUUGAGGAUGAGGAUUAAGUCCUCGAUGGUUCAAUUGUCUAGCACUUAAUGGAUACCAUGAGAGCAAAUUUAAGAAUGCUGCUUCAGAUUAUUGUUAUCUACUGCCGAUGACUUAUGUAAUAGAAGAUUCGAGACUUUGCUCCUUUCAAGUGCUUGAAAUUUUGACUACUUUGCUAUGUCUGGUAUCUACCCCGUACAUUGCAUUCUAAAUAUACCCUGCCUUUCUGUCUGUCAA